ACUGUAUUUUUCUUUUUUAAUUUUAAAUUAUUUAUUGAGUAUUUAUAAAAUAAUGAAAGUUGGUCAAAAUUUUAAUUUAGGAAAAAAAAUUAAAAAAUUCUUUUUUAAUACUAUUUAAUUAUUUAUUUUAAUAUUGGGGGCGAAUGCAAUGUUUAUAUUAUUUUCCCUUUGUAAAUUAUGGAUGUGUGUGAGCUAUAUUUCCUAUAAAUCAUUUUCUUAUAUGUAUUUCAAUGUUCUAGGUGGUGUGAAAGAUUUACUAUAACUUGUGACAUCUAAGAGGAGAUUGUUCCAGUUAUUUGAUCACAUAUAUAUCAAUGGAGAAUAAGAGAUGGUUGAACAUAGUAGUUGAUGGCAACAAAGCUAUGGAGCAGUAUUGGACUGAUAUUGUUUCAAACUAUCUUGAAAAAAUUGUCAGGUGCUUCAUUGGUGAAAGACAAGACCAUGAAAAUUAUCUUGGACUAGUAUUCUAUAAUGCAAACUCUGAACUAGUGGAAACAGGCUAUGACAUGCAAUUCAUGAACUGGACAAAAGAUGUGAAUAGAUACAUGGAAAAUUUGUCACAUUUAUCUUUCAAUGGAAAUGAUCUUAAUCAAUCUAGCAUGGCAGAAGGUUUAGCAGAAGCUCUUGUGAUGUAUCCAAAGCCAUGUGAUACAAUGACGGAAAGAGAAUACUACAAUGCAGAAAGACAUUGUAUUCUUGUUGCUCCAGGUGAUCCUGUUCCUAAGACAAUGCCUGUCUGUGUGCCAAUGAUUCAAAGAGCUCAAGUUAUUGGUCAAAGAUUACAAGCUUGUCAGAUCGAUUUUCUCGAGGUCGCCAAAAAAUGUGUUCCGCUAGCUGUGUCACUCUCAGUGAUAACUCCUAAUCCAGUUCCGAUUUUCGGAGCCAUAUUUAAUUUGGGAAAUAAUGUGUUAACAUUAUCAAAUGCUCCAAUCUCUAGUUACAGCACUGGACAAUUGACAAUUUUACUGUCAAAAAACUUUAGAGAAGCACACAAAGCACUCAAAGAAAAAAGAAUAGUGGAAUUUCCUUCAACAAGUGUUGGAUCCAUUAAUACAGCACUUGAUUCAACACUUUUCAGUGUUCUUAAUUUCCAAGAAGAAUCUGCGGCGUCUCAGGCGACGAUAGGAGCGAAAAUAAGCGAAGCUUGCAAUGAUUUAACACCGGAGAGUGUAAGCGCCUCGCAACCUCUCGAUUAUCAGGAAAUGAUUUUUUCGAAUGGCACGGACCAGGCGAAUGUGGCAUUGACUAACUCUCAGAUUCAAGUAAAUCUAUACGAAGAUAUCAUGGCCGAGCUUAAUAGCGAUACCGAUAUUUUACCACCGAUGAAAAGGUCGAGAACAUUUACACCAUUGGAAGACAAUGAUCUGACAAACCUUUUCGAACUCGGGGAGAACCCUUUGGAUGAUAUCAACCAUUCUCUUGGACACGAUCAAGGAGUGUCUUUCGAAAAACAGUUACUAGAAGUUGAAAAUGAACUGGAAAAAGCUCUGAAUGUUGCUUCACAGAAUACACCAGAUAAUCAAACAUCAAAUGCUGAAUUGACAGCAAGUUCAUCGAAGGUAGUAGACUUUACGCCAUUCGAAGUGCAAGCUCCUGCUCCAAAUACAGGAGAAGGAUCAUCAACAGGCCUGUUUUACGAAAACGCUUUGCAAUCAUGGUAUGAUCCAAGCGCGAUAAGUUUCUCGACGAACACAUCAACAUUGGUUUCUUCUUCUCAAUUCCAAACUAGUGUUUCCAAUGGGAAUUUCGCAUUUCCUUAUGUAACAAGUAACUCACAGAUGCAACCUCAACCAUACUCAUCAUCAACAAGUCAGCUUCCAAUGUUUCCUACUUUUGCUAGAGAAUCAAUCGGAAACUUUUCCGCGCAACCUACGGGACAACAUUUUCAGCCCUACAACCAGUAUCUGAGGAAUAAUAUGGCUCCGUUCAAUUUUCCUUCGCAAGCGUUUGGAGCGAAUACUUGGAUUCAUUCAGCACAAAGAAUAUCUCCAUCUUAUCAAAACUUGAACUCAAAUUUGUAUGUCCUCCCGUCCCUCGACGAGUUGCAAGACUAUGUUCAUACUUGGGAGGGAAAUUUAACCGGGAAAAUUAACUCGAGCCGAGUAACUGUCAUUAAAGCAAGGGCCUUCAGAAAAACAACAACACCACUCACGCUUACUCUUAGGUGGAGUAAUAGGUUGGAGAUAAGCCACUUGAUACCUCUCAAGGCUGUUAACCAUACCAAGAAUUUUUCACAUCCCAUAGAUAAUGUCAUCUUCCAUGUGCUUAAGUACAGCAAUGUUGAUUUGUACAAGCACUUGAAAAGCAGAUACAUGUGUGCUAAAAUUGAUCUACAAUGCCAAUCCAUAAUUCUGUCACCAACUGAAAGAGAAAACUUCUUUGUUGGAACUGUUUUUCCUGGGGAAACAUUGUUCAUAGAACCUGCUUAAUCAGGAAAAGGGACUCUCUGACUACAUGUAUUACUAUGUAGUAUGCAAUAAAAAAGAGGAUGGUUUUAUAUAUAUUUAAUGUUCAUAGGAACUCUUUUGAUUAUGAACAUGUAGACUAUCAUAGUAAAUAUUUAUUACCAUUUCUAGAAAGGAAAGCUUUUUAGGAUGAUUAUCUUAUUCAGGUACUACCUUCUGUGAUAGGAUUUCCUUCUAGCAAAUAAGUUGUCAUUUUGUCAUUUUACUUCUAGAAUGAUGACGUGUCUAUUUUCUUUGCAAUGAUUAGUUAAUUUGUAACCAACUUGCCUUUAUCUAAGCCAUUGUGGCUGUAUGUAAAGAUACCCAUUAUGAACAAACUCUUCGUCCUUAAUUUGCUCUAAUAAGUAUUAUCAAUUCUACAUCUUCAA